GUAGAUGCCUCGUACCUAGUGCCAGUACACACACGGGUACACCACUUAAUAUAUACCGCGGAGUGCCUUGCAUCCUUAAUCUUGUUUUUUUGCGUACAAAGUGUUCGCCCAAAGGAAAUCCGAAUCUCGCAUGACUUGACUGACUGACUGACUGGGCUUGGGCUUGCCUGUCACCUGUCGUUAACUGGAAAGACCCCUGUUCGAGGGCCAACCAACCAACCAUGACGCAGCGAAAUGAGUCCUUCCGCCCGCCACUGGCGCCACGCUUAUUCUCCAGGCUCUCCCACGCGUCCAAGCGCUCCUUCCUCUCCCAUUCAUCGUCCUUCGAGGCCGAUGACGAGCUGUCCAGCACCACAACCGGCAUCCAAGAUUCCGGAACCAUGAGUCCCAGCACUGACAACCCCGAGGGCGACGGCGUUGCACGUCACCCUCAAUCCAGAUACGCCGCCGAGGAUACCCGGCCCACCAGCGCAAAGGAGCUUGCAGGCUGGUACGCCUAUGCGUUCGCCGCUGAGGUCUAUGUCAUCUGUGGAAUCGGCUCGUUCAUCCCGAUUCUUCUAGAGACCCUCGCGAGGGAGAAUGGCGUUCUCCUGUCCGACAAGACCUCGCCGUGCGGCUCCAGUUCGGUCAAGGGCACCGGCCAGUGCGUCGUCUACAUACUGGGCAUGGAGAUCAACACGGCAAGCUUUGCCAUGUACACGUUCAGCAUAAGUGUUUUACUCCAAGCCCUCUUGGUUGUCAGUAUAAGCUGUGCCGCCGACCACGGCAAUUUCAGGAAGAAACUCUUGUUGGCGUUCGCCUGGAUUGGUAGCUCUGCCGUCAUGAUGUACAUCUUUGUCUCCACCAACGUCUACAUCUUCGGUGCCUUUCUGGCUGUCGUCUCCAACGUUUCGUUUGGAGCUUCUUUCGUCCUGUUGAACUCCUUUCUUCCCCUUCUCGUGAGGCACCACCCCGUAGUAGCGAACGCAGCAGUCCCGUUGCCCCUCGACUCGGACGCUUCCGCCGCAGCCAGCGACAUCGAAGACAUGCACGACUCGACUACGGCAUUGCUAUCUGCGGACGCUGCGCCGGAUGGAUAUGGGAUUACGCGCGUCCGAACGCACGAGGAGCUGACAUCUCUUGAAUUGACCCUCUCAACUCAGAUAUCGGCGAAAGGCAUUGGCAUAGGCUACUUGGCCGGACUCUUCCUUCAAUGCGUUGCCAUUCUCAUCCUGGUCGGCAUGGAGAACUCAACUUGGUCUCAGCGGGUGGUUCUUUUCAUCGUCGGAGUUUGGUGGGCUGUCUUCACGGUUCCUGCCGCCAUGUGGCUCCGACCAAGGCCGGGGCCACCUCUGCCAUCGUCGUCUAAACACACGGGCGCUCGAGCUUGGAUUUCAUACACGAUUUUCGCCUGGAAGUCACUGUUCCGCACCAUCCGGCUGGCCCGCCGUCUGGUCGACAUCAUUCUCUUCCUCGGCGCCUGGUUUCUCCUGUCAGAUGCGAUUGCGACGACCUCGUCGACGGCUAUCUUGUUUGCGAAAACCCAGCUGCACAUGAAGCCGUGGGCACUCGGCAUGAUCAAUGUUAUAUCCACGUCCGCUGGUGUUAUUGGCGCCUUUUCCUGGUCCUUCAUUUCCCGGAAACUGGGCUUGCGGCCCCAUCAAACCAUCCUUGCCUGCAUUGGGCUUUUCGAACUCAUACCGAUCUACGGGCUGAUGGGCUACAUCCCGUUUAUCAAGGACAAGGGUGUAUUUGGUCUCCAGCAGCCAUGGGAAAUGUACCCGCUUGCUGCCAUCUACGGAUUUGUGCUUGGCGGAUUGAGCGGUUACUGCCGGUCGCUGUACGGGGAGCUUAUUCCCCCGGGAUCCGAAGCGGCUUUCUACGCACUCUAUGCGAUCACGGAUAAGGGUUCAAGCGUGUUUGGCCCUGCCAUCGUUGGCGCCAUUGUUGAUGCGUCAGGGGAGAUCCGCCCUGCAUUCUGGUUCUUGGCGGUGCUUGUGGGAUUGCCCGCCCCCUUGAUAUACCUCGUGAAUGUAGAUCGAGGCAAGAUAGAAGGCGAAAAGCUGGCGGAGAUGAUCGAGGGAUUCAAGCUCACACAGGGUGGCGCAGCAUCGAGCGGGCCCGACAGCGACUCGGAGAGUCGAGGAAUCCUCGCCGCUCACAAUGGGGAUGAGGUUGAUGGCUUACGGGGAGAGGAUCAGUCGUCGAAUCAACGUUGAGUCGGACGGACAUUGACUGAACAGCAAACAUAGCGACGGCGUUUGGAGGCUUGGAGCUUCGGGGAGAACACGGUUUGCAUUUCAUAUGACUCUAUUAUCAACCUUUGUUUGUACGGAAUAUACCUACCUAAUUGAAACUUUUCUCCUGGGCGUUCUUGAGGAAUACGGAC